GGGCAGCGGGAUGGGGGAGCCGAUGGGAGCGUCCGGCUCCGGCUCCGUGGUGCUUCCCGCUGGGAUGAUUAACCCUUCGGUGCCGAUCCGCAACAUCCGGAUGAAAUUCGCAGUGUUGAUUGGACUCAUACAGGUCGGAGAGGUCAGCAACAGGGACAUCGUCGAGACCGUGCUGAACCUGCUGGUUGGUGGAGAAUUUGACUUGGAGAUGAACUUUAUUAUCCAGGAUGCUGAGAGUAUAACAUGCAUGACAGAGCUUUUGGAGCACUGUGAUGUAACAUGUCAAGCAGAAAUAUGGAGCAUGUUUACAGCCAUUCUACGAAAAAGUGUUCGGAAUUUACAGACUAGCACGGAAGUUGGGCUAAUUGAACAAGUAUUGCUGAAAAUGAGUGCUGUAGAUGACAUGAUAGCAGAUCUUCUAGUUGAUAUGUUGGGGGUUCUUGCCAGCUACAGCAUCACUGUCAAGGAGUUGAAGCUUUUGUUCAGCAUGCUUCGAGGAGAAAGUGGAAUCUGGCCAAGACAUGCAGUAAAAUUAUUAUCAGUUCUUAAUCAGAUGCCACAAAGACAUGGUCCUGAUACUUUUUUCAAUUUCCCCGGUUGCAGUGCUGCAGCAAUUGCAUUGCCUCCUAUUGCAAAGUGGCCUUAUCAGAAUGGCUUCACCCUAAACACUUGGUUUCGUAUGGAUCCAUUAAAUAACAUUAAUGUUGAUAAGGAUAAGCCUUAUCUUUAUUGUUUUCGUACUAGCAAAGGAGUUGGCUACUCUGCUCAUUUUGUUGGGAACUGUCUAAUAGUCACAUCACUGAAGUCCAAAGGGAAAGGUUUUCAGCACUGUGUGAAAUAUGAUUUUCAACCACGCAAGUGGUACAUGAUCAGUAUUGUCCACAUAUACAACCGAUGGAGGAACAGUGAAAUUCGAUGUUAUGUUAAUGGACAGCUGGUAUCCUAUGGUGAUAUGGCUUGGCAUGUUAACACAAAUGAUAGCUAUGACAAGUGCUUUCUUGGAUCCUCCGAAACUGCUGAUGCAAAUAGGGUUUUCUGUGGUCAACUUGGUGCCGUGUAUGUAUUCAGUGAAGCACUCAACCCUGCACAGAUAUUUGCAAUUCAUCAGUUAGGACCUGGAUAUAAGAGCACCUUCAAGUUUAAAUCUGAGAGUGAUAUUCAUUUGGCUGAACAUCAUAAACAGGUUCUGUAUGAUGGAAAACUUGCAAGUAGUAUUGCAUUUACAUAUAAUGCUAAGGCCACUGAUGCUCAGCUAUGCCUGGAAUCCUCACCAAAGGAAAAUGCAUCGAUUUUUGUGCAUUCCCCACAUGCCCUAAUGCUCCAGGAUGUGAAAGCUAUAGUAACACAUUCAAUUCAUAGUGCAAUUCAUUCAAUUGGAGGGAUUCAAGUGCUUUUCCCACUUUUUGCCCAACUGGACAACCGGCAGCUCAAUGAUAGUCAAGUGGAAACAACUGUCUGUGCUACUCUUUUGGCAUUCCUGGUUGAACUCCUUAAAAGUUCAGUAGCCAUGCAAGAACAGAUGCUGGGUGGAAAAGGCUUUUUAGUCAUUGGCUACUUACUUGAAAAGUCCUCACGAGUUCAUAUAACUAGAGCUGUCCUAGAGCAAUUUUUAUCCUUUGCAAAAUACCUUGAUGGUUUAUCCCAUGGAGCACCUUUGCUGAAGCAGCUUUGUGAUCACAUUUUAUUCAACCCAGCCAUCUGGAUACAUACACCUGCAAAGGUUCAGCUUUCUCUAUAUACCUAUUUGUCUGCUGAAUUUAUUGGAACUGCUACCAUUUAUACCACCAUACGUAGAGUAGGAACAGUGUUACAGCUAAUGCACACAUUAAAAUAUUACUACUGGGUCAUUAAUCCUGCUGACAGUAGUGGCAUUACACCUAAAGGAUUAGAUGGUCCACGGCCAUCACAAAAAGAAAUUAUAUCACUACGGGCAUUUAUGCUACUUUUUCUUAAACAGCUUAUACUAAAGGAUCGAGGAGUCAAAGAAGAUGAACUUCAGAGUAUAUUAAAUUACCUACUUACAAUGCAUGAGGAUGAAAAUAUUCAUGAUGUGUUACAAUUACUAGUGGCUUUAAUGUCAGAACAUCCAGCCUCAAUGAUACCAGCAUUUGAUCAAAGGAAUGGAAUAAGGGUAAUCUACAAAUUAUUGGCUUCAAAAAGUGAAAGUAUUUGGGUUCAAGCUCUGAAGGUUCUUGGAUACUUUCUGAAGCAUUUAGGUCACAAGAGAAAAGUUGAAAUUAUGCAUACCCAUAGUCUUUUCACUCUUCUUGGAGAAAGGCUGAUGUUGCAUACAAAUACUGUGACUGUCACUACAUACAAUACGCUUUAUGAGAUAUUGACAGAGCAAGUAUGUACUCAAGUUGUACAUAAACCACACCCAGAGCCAGAUUCUACAGUGAAAAUUCAGAAUCCAAUGAUUCUUAAGGUGGUGGCAACUUUGUUAAAAAACUCUACACCAAGUGCAGAACUGAUGGAAGUACGUCGUUUAUUUUUAUCUGACAUGAUAAAACUUUUCAGUAAUAGCCGUGAAAAUAGAAGAUGCUUAUUGCAGUGUUCAGUAUGGCAGGAUUGGAUGUUUUCUCUUGGCUAUAUCAAUCCUAAAAAUUCUGAAGAACAGAAGAUUACUGAGAUGGUCUAUAAUAUCUUCCGGAUAUUGUUGUAUCAUGCAAUAAAAUAUGAAUGGGGAGGCUGGAGAGUCUGGGUGGAUACACUCUCAAUAGCCCAUUCCAAGGUCACUUAUGAAGCACAUAAGGAAUACCUAGCCAAAAUGUAUGAAGAAUAUCAGAGACAGGAGGAGGAAAACAUUAAAAAGGGAAAGAAAGGGAAUGUGAGCACCAUCUCUGGUCUUUCAUCACAGACAACAGGAGCAAAAGGUGGAAUGGAAAUUCGAGAGAUAGAAGAUCUUUCACAAAGUCAGAGCCCAGAAAGUGAGGCAGAUUACCCUGUCAGCACAGACACUAGAGACUUGCUCAUGUCAACAAAAGUGUCAGACAAUAUUCUUGGAAAUUCAGAUAGACCGGGAAGUGGUGUACAUGUGGAAGUGCAUGAUCUUUUAGUCGAUAUAAAAGCAGAGAAAGUGGAAGCAACAGAAGUAAAGUUGGAUGAUAUGGAUUUAUCACCAGAGACUCUAGUAGGUGGGGAGAAUGGUGCCCUUGUGGAGGUUGGAUCUUUGUUGGAUAAUGUAUAUAGUGCUGCUGUUGAGAAACUCCAAAACAAUGUACAUGGAAGUGUUGGUAUCAUAAAAAAAAAUGAAGAAAAGGAUAAUGGUCCACUGAUAACAUUAGCAGAUGAGAAAGAUGAUCUUCCUAAUAGUAGUGCAUCUUUUCUGUUUAAUAAAAUACCCAAACAGGAAGAGAAACUCCUUCCUGAACUUUCUAGCAAUCACAUUAUUCCAAAUAUUCAGGACACACAAGUACAUCUUGGUGUUAGUGAUGAUCUUGGGUUGCUUGCUCACAUGACUGGUAGUGUAGACUUAACUUGUACAAGUAUAAUAGAAGAAAAAGAAUUCAAAAUCCAUACAGCUUCAGAUGGAAUGAGCAGUAUUUCUGAAAGAGACUUAUCAUCUAAAGGGUUAGAGUAUGCUGAAGUGACUGCUACAGCUCUGGAAACUGAAUCUUCUGGUAGCAAAACUGUACCAAAUAUUGAUGCAGGAAGUAUACUUUCAGAUACUGAGAGAUCUGAUGAUGGCAAAGAAUCAGGCAAAGAAAUCCGAAAAAUUCAGACUACCACUACUACAACACAAGCUGUUCAGGGUCGGUCUGUCACACAGCAAGACAGAGACCUCCGAGUUGAUUUAGGAUUUCGAGGAAUGCCAAUGACCGAGGAACAGCGGCGCCAGUUCAGCCCCGGCCCCCGCACCACCAUGUUCCGUAUUCCUGAGUUCAAAUGGUCUCCAAUGCACCAGCGACUCCUCACCGAUCUGCUAUUUGCAUUAGAAACAGAUGUACAUGUUUGGAGAAGCCAUUCUACAAAGUCUGUAAUGGAUUUUGUCAAUAGCAAUGAAAACAUUAUUUUUGUACAUAACACAAUUCACCUCAUUUCCCAAAUGGUAGACAACAUCAUCAUUGCUUGUGGAGGAAUUUUACCUUUGCUCUCUGCAGCUACAUCACCAACUGGUUCUAAGACGGAAUUGGAAAACAUUGAAGUGACACAAGGCAUGUCAGCUGAGACAGCAGUAACUUUCCUCAGCCGAUUGAUGGCUAUGGUUGAUGUACUUGUAUUUGCCAGCUCUCUAAAUUUUAGUGAGAUUGAAGCUGAAAAAAACAUGUCUUCUGGAGGUUUAAUGCGACAGUGCCUAAGGCUAGUUUGUUGUGUUGCUGUGAGAAACUGUUUAGAAUGUCGGCAGAGACAAAGAGACAGAGGGAACAAAUCUUCCCAUGGCAGCAGUAAACCUCAAGAAGCUCCCCAAAGUAUGACUGCCACAGCAACUUCAAAGAAUUCAUUAGAAAAUGUUCCAGGUAAUCUUUCUCCAAUUAAGGACCCUGAUAGACUUCUGCAGGAUGUUGAUAUCAAUCGGCUUCGUGCUGUUGUCUUUCGGGAUGUGGAUGAUAGCAAGCAGGCCCAGUUCUUAGCUCUAGCUGUUGUUUACUUCAUUUCGGUUCUGAUGGUUUCCAAGUAUCGUGACAUAUUAGAACCCCAGCGAGAGACUGCAAGAACUGGAAGCCAACCAGGUAGAAACAUCAGACAGGAAAUAAAUUCACCAACAAGUACAGUUGUGGUCAUACCAUCUAUCCCUCAUCCAACUUUGAACCAUGGAUUCCUUGCCAAGUUAAUUCCUGAGCAGAGCUUUGCCCACUCAUUUUACAAAGAAACAGCUGCUGCAUUUCCAGACACUAUAAAGGAAAAAGAAACACCAGCACCCGGUGAAGAAAUUCAGCUAGAAAGUUCUAUUCCUCAUACAGAUUCAGGAAUUGGAGAAGAGCAAGUGGCUAGCAUCUUGAAUGGGGCAGAAUUAGAGCCUAGUACAGGCCCUGAUGCCAUGAGUGAAUUGUUAUCCACUUUGUCGUCUGAAGUGAAAAAAUCACAGGAAAGCUUAACUGAGAACCCCAGUGAAAUUUUGAAGCCUGCACCAUCCAUAUCUAGCAUUAGUCAAACCAAAGGCAUCAAUGUCAAGGAAAUAUUGAAAAGUCUUGUGGCUGCUCCAAUUGAAAUUGCAGAAUGUGGCCCUGAUCCUAUCCCAUACCCGGAUCCAGCACUGAAAAGAGAAGCGCAAGCUAUUCUUCCUAUGCAGUUUCAUUCCUUUGACAGGAGUGUCGUGGUGCCUGUGAAGAAGCCACCUCCAGGCAGUUUAGCUGUAACCACUGUGGGAGCCACUGCAGCUGGAAGUGGGCUGCCAACAGGCAGCACUUCUAAUAUAUUUGCAGCUACUGGAGCUACACCAAAAAGUAUGAUUAAUACAACAGGUGCAGUGGAUUCAGGGUCCUCCUCCACUUCCUCCUCUUCGAGUUUUGUGAAUGGUGCUACCAGCAAAAACCUUCCAGCUGUACAAACUGUUGCUCCAAUGCCAGAAGACUCGGCUGAAAAUAUGAGCAUCACUGCAAAACUUGAAAGAGCUUUAGAAAAAGUUGCUCCUCUUCUUCGUGAAAUUUUUGUAGACUUUGCCCCAUUCCUAUCUCGUACACUUCUUGGCAGUCAUGGACAAGAACUAUUGAUAGAAGGCCUUGUUUGUAUGAAGUCCAGUACUUCUGUGGUUGAGCUUGUUAUGCUGCUUUGUUCUCAGGAAUGGCAAAAUUCUAUUCAGAAGAAUGCAGGACUUGCAUUUAUUGAACUCAUCAAUGAAGGAAGAUUACUAUGCCAUGCUAUGAAAGACCACAUAGUUCGUGUUGCAAAUGAAGCUGAGUUUAUUUUGAACAGACAGAGGGCUGAGGAUGUACAUAAACAUGCAGAGUUCGAGUCGCAGUGUGCCCAGUAUGCUGCUGAUAGGAGAGAGGAAGAAAAGAUGUGUGACCAUCUUAUUAGUGCUGCUAAACAUCGAGAUCAUGUUACAGCAAAUCAACUGAAACAGAAGAUCCUUAACAUUCUCACAAAUAAGCAUGGUGCUUGGGGAGCAGUUUCUCAUAGCCAAUUACAUGAUUUCUGGCGUUUGGAUUACUGGGAAGAUGAUCUUCGUCGAAGGAGACGAUUUGUUCGUAAUGCAUUUGGCUCCACUCAUGCUGAAGCAUUGCUCAAAGCUACAGUAGAGUAUGGCACUGAAGAAGAUGUAGUGAAGUCGAAGAAAACAUUCAGAAGUCAAGCAAUAGUGAAUCAGAAUGCAGAGACAGAGCUUAUGCUGGAAGGAGAUGAUGAUGCAGUCAGUCUGCUACAGGAGAAAGAAAUUGACAAUCUUGCAGGCCCAGUGGUUCUCAGCACGCCUGCCCAGCUCAUCGCUCCGGUGGUGGUGGCCAAAGGGACUCUCUCCAUCACCACGACAGAAAUCUACUUCGAGGUAGAUGAGGAUGAUCCUGCCUUCAAAAAGAUCGACGCGAAAGUCCUUGCAUACACUGAAGGACUUCAUGGAAAAUGGAUGUUCAGCGAGAUAAGAGCUGUAUUCUCAAGACGUUAUCUUCUACAAAACACUGCUUUGGAAGUAUUUAUGGCAAACCGAACCUCAGUUAUGUUUAAUUUCCCUGAUCAAGCAACUGUAAAAAAAGUUGUCUAUAGCUUACCUCGGGUUGGAGUAGGGACCAGCUAUGGUUUGCCACAAGCCAGGAGGAUAUCACUGGCCACUCCUCGACAGCUUUAUAAAUCUUCUAACAUGACUCAGCGAUGGCAAAGAAGGGAAAUUUCAAACUUUGAGUAUUUGAUGUUUCUUAAUACUAUAGCAGGACGGACAUAUAACGAUCUUAACCAAUACCCUUUGUUUCCAUGGGUCUUAACAAACUAUGAAUCAGAAGAAUUGGACUUGACUCUUCCAGGAAACUUCAGGGAUCUAUCAAAGCCAAUUGGUGCUUUGAACCCAAAGAGAGCUGUGUUUUAUGCAGAGCGUUACGAGACAUGGGAAGAUGAUCACAGCCCACCCUACCAUUAUAAUACACAUUACUCAACAGCAGCUUCUACCUUAUCCUGGCUUGUUCGAAUUGAACCUUUCACAACCUUCUUCCUCAAUGCAAAUGAUGGAAAAUUUGACCAUCCAGAUCGAACCUUCUCAUCAGUUGCAAGGUCUUGGAGAACUAGCCAGAGAGAUACUUCUGAUGUAAAGGAACUAAUUCCAGAGUUUUAUUACCUACCAGAGAUGUUUGUCAACAGUAAUGGAUAUAAUCUUGGAGUAAGAGAAGAUGAAGUGGUGGUAAAUGAUGUUGACCUUCCCCCUUGGGCAAAAAAACCUGAAGACUUUGUAAGGAUCAACAGAAUGGCCUUGGAAAGUGAAUUUGUUUCUUGCCAACUCCAUCAGUGGAUUGACCUUAUAUUUGGCUACAAACAGCGAGGACCAGAAGCAGUUCGUGCUCUGAAUGUUUUUCACUACUUAACCUACGAAGGCUCUGUGAACCUGGAUAGUAUCACUGACCCUGUGCUCAGGGAGGCCAUGGAGGCACAGAUACAGAACUUUGGACAGACGCCAUCUCAGUUGCUUAUUGAGCCACAUCCACCUCGGAGCUCUGCCAUGCACCUGUGUUUCCUUCCACAGAGUCCACUCAUGUUUAAAGAUCAGAUGCAACAGGAUGUGAUCAUGGUGCUGAAGUUUCCAUCAAAUUCUCCAGUAACACAUGUGGCAGCUAACACACUGCCCCACCUGACCAUCCCAGCCGUGGUGACCGUGACCUGCAGCAGACUGUUUGCGGUGAAUCGAUGGCACAACACAGUAGGCCUUAGAGGAGCUCCAGGGUACUCCUUGGAUCAAGCCCAUCAUCUCCCUAUUGAAAUGGAUCCACUCAUUGCCAAUAACUCUGGUGUGAACAAACGGCAGAUCACAGACCUCGUUGACCAGAGUAUACAAAUCAAUGCACAUUGUUUUGUGGUCACAGCCGAUAACCGCUAUAUUCUUAUCUGUGGAUUCUGGGAUAAGAGCUUCAGAGUUUAUUCUACAGAAACAGGGAAAUUAACUCAGAUUGUAUUUGGCCAUUGGGAUGUGGUCACCUGCUUGGCUAGGUCUGAGUCGUACAUCGGUGGGGACUGCUAUAUUGUGUCAGGGUCUCGAGAUGCAACCCUGCUUCUCUGGUACUGGAGUGGGCGACACCAUAUCAUAGGAGACAACCCUAAUAGCAGUGACUAUCCUGCACCAAGGGCUGUCCUCACAGGUCACGACCAUGAAGUUGUCUGUGUUUCUGUCUGCGCAGAACUUGGGCUUGUUAUCAGUGGUGCUAAAGAGGGCCCUUGCCUUGUCCACACAAUUACUGGAGACUUGCUGAGAGCCCUUGAAGGACCAGAAAACUGCUUGUUCCCACGCUUGAUUUCUGUCUCCAGUGAAGGCCACUGUAUCAUAUACUAUGAACGAGGGCGAUUCAGCAAUUUCAGCAUUAAUGGGAAGCUUUUGGCUCAAAUGGAGAUCAAUGAUUCAACACGGGCAAUUCUCCUAAGCAGUGAUGGCCAGAAUCUGGUGACCGGAGGGGACAAUGGUGUGGUGGAGGUCUGGCAGGCCUGUGACUUCAAGCAGCUGUACAUUUACCCCGGAUGUGACGCUGGCAUUAGAGCAAUGGAUUUAUCCCACGACCAGAGGACUCUGAUCACUGGCAUGGCUUCUGGUAGCAUUGUAGCUUUUAAUAUAGAUUUUAAUCGGUGGCAUUAUGAACACCAGAACAGAUACUGAAGACAAAUGAAGAACCAAAAGCCAAGUUAAAGCUGAGAGCACAAGUGCUGCAUGGAAAGGCAAUAUCUCUGGUGGAAAAACUCGUCUCCAUCACCUCGGUUUGUGCAUUCCAUCACAUCCAGCAAUAGCUGUACAUUGUAGUCAGCAGCCGUUUUACUUUGUGUAUUUUUUCAUGACUGAAUACCAGCUGCUACCAAGCAAGCUUAUAUCAUGUAAAUUAUAUGAAUUAGGAAAUGUUUUGGUAAUUAUUUCAUAUAUUGUGGUUAAUUGAGGAAAGGUAGUAGGACGCACAAGAGACUUUUGACAAUUCUGAGGAACGUUGUGUCCAGUCGUUUCAAAGUUUAAGCUUUGAACCUAAUCUGCAUCCCAUUUCCAGCCUCUUUUCAAGCUGAGGAAAAAAAUAAAACAUGUUUGAUACUUUGUACAUCAGAUACAUCUUAUUUAAAGGGAUACUUUUGUAAAAGUAAAACCUUGUAUAAAAAACAAAAUGUUUCUUAAUUUUAUUGUGGAGUUACAACUUGCAUGCUCUUUAAUCCUGAUGUCUUGAUGGAACAGGUGCAUCCACACUAUGAAACAGAAAGAUCUGUCCAAGGACAGCUCGUAUGAAAUGGUUGUAUUUGGGCUCAAUCGGUAAUUUUUGACAUUUUCACUAAAAAGUCUCCACUUUUUAAUCUAAAUUCAUCCCUUAUAAGUGAAUUUGCUCAUAAAGCAUUUGGAUACUAAGCCAUUAUUUGCCAUUUUUGGUACUUUAUACAAAGAAAAUUCAGCCCCACCCAUCAUGAUUUGAAGACACAGCAGAAAGGGAGCUUAGGGAUGAGGUCUGGGUUUUUGUAUAAAUAGGAGUCACACUCAUUCGUUCUAUAGUAAUGACUCCCUAACUCCUGGACAUUUCUUCCAGAGUCAUCUGCUGGCUUAGUAUGUGUAUAUUAGGGGAAGAGAAUCUGAUGCUUUGUUGUUUGUUGUUGCUGUUUUGUUUUUCUCUUUGGUUCUUGAAUAGCUUAGUUUCUUUAAUAACAAGUCUGACUUAACCAUAACAAUAACUAAAGUUAUUGUUUUAGGUUUUUGUGAAAUUCUCACCUGAAGAUACAUUCUUAGCCUAGAGCACUUCAUCUUUUAUGAUAUAAAGUUAUGGCUAUCAGAUGAUUUUCCAUACAUUGUACUGAUCAAGUUAUACACCCAGGGGUAUAUACACUUUAUUUAUGUUUUUUCUUUGUAUAUUUGGUGACUGUAUUGUCAUAGAUGUACAUAUUGUGUCGGUAGGGCUAUGAGGCAUGUUACAGGAAUGUAAUUUUCUCAGAAUUUAUACUCACUUGCAGUCAUUUAUUUAAAAAGAUAAAUUAAGAUAAUGGGUUCUUUCUAUUGGCACUUUGCACCAGAAACAUAUCAUUAUUUAUUGAUAUGUUAUUUGUGAUUAUAAUAUAUGUGAUUACUUAUUUGUUAUUCACCUGUACUAGUAAGUUUUAGCACUGAAUUCCUUCUUCAUCGUUGUUUGUAUUUAUGAGAUUCUAAAAUUCUGGGAAUCAGCAUAAUGAUUAAGUUAUUCAUCAUCAAGCUGUAAGCAAUAUCUUGAGUUUGUAGCUUAGAAUCAGGAGGACACGGAACAUCUGGAAGACAAGCUCAUUUCAUCUUGAGAUCAUGGUGAAAUAUUUUGGAUAUAUAAAUUCCUUAAGCUAUUGUAACCAUGUUUUAUUGCAAAGAUGUAAAAUAUGCCAGAUGUGUGUGAGUUGGAAAUCAACAAAUGAAAAAUAAAAUAUACAAAGAAUUUAC